AUGGCUUGCGCUCCAAUUAGCAAGAGCUACAUUUUCUUUACCAUCUUCCAUGGUAUCGCCUUUGUUUUUGCCCUAGCAGUAUGCGGUAUCUACGGCAGCGACAUCCAACAUUCUGCGAGAAAUGAAGAGGAUAUCGACCCCAGGAUGGUCUUCGCCGUGGUUCUAGGUUCCAUGUCUACCAUGACGUGUCUAUUAUACCUGAUCCCCGGAUUUCUGUAUAACGCAAACCUCCUCAUGACCUUCUGGGACCUGUUCCUGUUCGUGCUAUGGAUCACAGUGUUCGGACUUUUCGGCAAGCUUUACAUCAACAAGGACGCCGAGGGCGACCGAGACAUUCAGCGCAUGAAGGACGCCGUCUGGGUAGACUUGGUCAACGCGCUGACCUGGCUCUUCCUGGUCAUCGCCACUGCCUGCUACUGGCGCAAGAACCGCAACCGCGAGGACAAGGACAGAAAUGCCCAGCCCUCAAAUGUCUAG